AGGGGGCCGCGGAGGAGCCGCCCACCGCGCCCGGCCCCCGCCCGCCGCUCCCGGGCCCGCGCCAUGGGGCUCUGGCUGCCGCCGCCCCCCGCGCCGCCGGGCUAGGGCGAUGCGGGCGCCCCCGGCACGCGGCCCCCGCGGGCACCAUGAGCCCCCUGCUCCGCCGCCUGCUGCUCGCCGCGCUCCUGCAGCUGGCCCCCGCCCAGGGCCCGGUCUCCCAGCCUGAUGCCCCUGGCCAUCAGAAGAAAGUGGUGUCAUGGAUAGACGUGUAUGCUCGUGCCACCUGCCAGCCGCGGGAGGUGGUGGUGCCCCUGACCAUGGAGCUCAUGGGCACUGUGGCCAAGCAACUGGUGCCCAGCUGCGUGACGGUGCAGCGCUGUGGCGGCUGCUGCCCUGACGACGGCCUGGAGUGUGUGCCCACUGGGCAGCACCAAGUCCGAAUGCAGAUCCUCAUGAUCCGGUACCCAAGCAGUCAGCUGGGGGAGAUGUCCCUGGAAGAACACAGCCAGUGUGAAUGCAGACCAAAAAAACGAGAGAGUGCUGUGAAGCUGGACAGCCCCAGGCCCCUCUGCCCACGCUGCCCCCAGCGCCGCCAGCGCCCUGACCCCCGGACCUGCCACUGCCGCUGCCGACGCCGCAGCUUCCUCCGUUGUCAAGGGCGGGGCUUAGAGCUCAACCCAGACACCUGCAGCGGGGCCAUGGGGUGGCGUCCUGUGGACCAGGCCAGCUGGGGCUUCCCAGGAGUGUUAGGGGAGAAUGAGGUUCACAGAAGGUGCCGGAAGCUGCGAAGGUGAUACAUUGCUUUUCAGACUCGGUGGGGCCACUUGCCUCACAGGCCUGCCCAGAGGGGAACAAGAGGGCAUCCUGGUGAGAACAGUCCAGUCCCCAAGACCUCAACCUGGGCGGAAGCUCCUCCAGGACCUGGGCCUCUAAGAGGGCUUUCCAACUGCCCCUUGUCUCUCUGAGGCUGCCGUCCAACAACGUGGACAGAGUUGGAUGAAGAGACCUGGAGGCAGCACAAGGGGUCAUGUACCAUCUUGGGAGAGAAUGGGGUCCCGGCUGAGUUUUUAACCACCUUGUGCAAGUGAGCAUCUUACAACUGGCUCCUCCGUCCCCUCACUAAGAAGACCCUGGUCCUCUACAAAAAAAUGAGAGUUGGGCUUCAGUACAAGAACUGUGAACCCCAGUCCCGAUAAAAGAGAUAGAAGGAACUGUC